AAUAUGGGCUUAUUCUGUUUUACUCAUCUGAAACCUUUUACUUACUAUAUUGUAACCAGUUCACCAGUCAUUAAGUGUUCUUCUGUAACAUGUCAUGGUAUCCCAUUAUAUGAAUAACCCAUGAUUUAUUAUGCAAGUCUCCUACUGCUGGACAUUUAGGUCUUUCUAAUUUUUUGCUAUUAAAGUCGGGCAUUGUAGGAAAACUUUGCAAGUUAGCCUUCAGAAACCCAACAAAUCCAGUUAACCAGAACACCUGUCCUCUGAGCCUUCUGGUUAAUGUGGUUUAGCUGAUGGUGGGCAGAGUCCACCCCAGCCUAGGAUUUGGCAGGCACUUGGCCUUAGCAACCUGGCGGUGGUAACUCCAGUCACUUGUUCUAUUACCUGAGCUGCAGUGAGCAGACACUAGAGAGCAACGUCCUGGGACUGGGCGAGCAGGACCUGGCCCGGGACCCCCGCCUCUCCAGCCUGCCCGCUCGCAUCAGGGAGAUUGUCACCCGUAACCUCUCCGAGCCCGAGAGCCCAGCCUCACUGUCAGCCACGGAGAUGGCAUCGCUGCUGUCGGUGCAGGAGGAGAACCAGCUGCUGCAGCAGGAGCUGUCCCGCGUGGAGGACCUGCUGGCCCAGAGCCGUGCCGAGCGCGAUGAGCUCGCCAUUAAGUACAACGCCGUCAGCGAGAGGCUGGAGCAGGCUGUGCGGCUGGAGUCUGGGGAGCUGGAGACGCAGGAGCCCAGGGGGCUGGUGCGGCAGAGCGUGGAGCUGCGGAGGCAGCUGCAGGAGGAGCAGGCCUCCUACCGGCGCAAGCUGCAGGCCUACCAGGAGGGCCAGCAGCGGCAGGCCCAGCUAGUGCAGCGGCUGCAGGCCAAGAUUCUCCAGUACAAGAAGAGGUGUACAGAGCUGGAGCAACAGGUGCUGGAGAGAUCCUCGGAGCUGGAGCAGCAACGGCUGAGGGACACAGAGCACAGCCAAGACCUGGAGAGCGCCCUCAUCCGCCUGGAGGAGGAGCAGCAGAGGAGCGCCAGCCUGGCCCAGGUGAACGCUAUGCUCCGAGAGCAGCUGGACGAGGCAGGCUCGGCCAACCAGGCUCUGAGCGAGGACAUACGAAAGGUCACCAGCGACUGGACACGCAGCCGCAAGGAGCUGGAGCAGCGGGAGGCAGCAUGGAGGCGCGAGGAGGAGUCCUUCAAUGCCUACUACAGCAACGAGCACGGGCGCCUGCUCCUCCUCUGGAGGCAGGUGGUGGGAGUCCGCCGGCUGGUCAGCGAGGUGAAGGUGUCCACCGAGAGGGACCUGCUGCAACUGGGAGGGGAGCUGGCGCGGACGUCACGGGCUGUCCAGGAGGCAGGCUUGGGGCUGAGUGCGGGCCUGCAGCUGGCGGAGAGCCGGGCCGCAGCGGCCCUGGAGAAGCAAGCGCUGCUGCAGGCCCAGCUGGAGGAGCAGCUGCGGGACAAGGUGCUCCGUGAGAAGGACCUGGCCCAGCAGCAGGUGCAAAGUGACUUGGACAAGGCCGACCUCAGUGCCAGGGUGACAGAGCUGGCCCUGGCUGUGGAGCGUCUUCAGAACCAGAAUCUGGAGAAGGAUCGUGUCAACAAGGCCCUCACUGAGAAGCUUGAGGCCCUGGAGUCCCUGCGGCUGCAGGAGCAGGCGGCCCUGGAGGCAGAUGACGGGGAGGGGCUGCAGCAGACCCUGAGGGACCUGGCACAGGCCGUCCUGUCGGACACUGAGAGCGGCGUCCAGCUAAGCGGCUCAGAGCGCACAGGGGACACGUUGGACGGCAGCCUGCGGGGGCUCUCUGGCCAGCGGACCCCCUCGCCACCACGGCGCUCCUCGCCUGGCCGUGGACGUUCCCCUCGCCGAGGCCCGUCCCCGGCCUGCUCGGACUCCUCCACGCUCGCCCUGAUCCACUCGGCCCUGCACAAGCGCCAGCUGCAGGUCCAGGACAUGCGUGGGCGCUAUGAGGCGAGCCAGGACCUGCUGGUCACCCUGAGGAAGCAGCUUAGCGACAGUGAGGGUGAGCGCCGUGCCCUAGAGGAACAGCUGCAGCGCCUGCGAGACAAGACCGAUGGGGCCACCCAGGCCCACGAGGACACCCAGCGCGAGGCCCAGCGCCUGCGCAGUGCCAACGAGCUCCUGAGCAGGGAGAAGGGCAGCCUGGCCCACAGCCUGCAGGUGGCCCAGCAGCAGGCGGAGGAGCUGCAGCAGGAGCGGGAGAAACUGCAGGCCGCCCAGGAUGAGCUGCGGCGCCAGCGGGACCGGCUGGAAGAAGAGCAGGAGGACGUGGUGCAGGACGGCGCACGGGCACGCAGGGAGCUCGAGCGCAGCCACAGACAGCUAGAGCAGCUGGAAGUGAAGCGCUCGGGGCUGGCCAGGGAGCUGGUGGAGGUGAGGGAGGCGCUGAGCCGCGCCACACUGCAGCGGGACGUGCUGCAGGCCGAGAAGGCGGAGGUGGCCGAGGCGCUGACCAAGGCUGAGGCUGGCCGCGCGGAGCUCGAGCUCUCCAUGACCAAGCUGCGGGCAGAGGAGGCCUCUCUGCGGGACUCCUUGUCCAAGCUGAGCGCCCUCAACGAGAGCCUCGCUCAGGACAAGCUGGGCCUGAACCACCUCGUCGCCCAGCUGGAGGAGGAAAAGGCAGCCCUGCUGGGCCGGCAGCGGCAGGCGGAGCAGGAGGCCACCUUGGCGCGGGAGGAGCAGGAGCGGCUGGAGCAGUUGCAGCUGGAGCAGGAGGUGGCUCGGCAGGGCCUGGAGGGCUCCCUGCACGUGGCGGAGCAGGCCCGGGAGGUGCUGGAGCAGCAGCUCCCCACGCUGCGCCACGAGUGCAGCCGGCUGCAGGAGCAGCUGGCCCAGCUCUCCCGGCAGCUGAGCGGGCGGGAGCAGGAGCUGGAGCAGGCCCGGCGGGAGUCACACCGGCAGGUGGAGGCGCUGGAGCGAGUGGCCCGGGAGAAGGAGGCGCUGGCCAAGGAGCGGGCGGGCCUGGCCGUGCAGCUGGCGGCAGCGGAGCGUGAAGGCCGGACUCUGUCAGAGGAGGCCACACGCCUGCGUUUGGAGAAGGAAGCCCUGGAGAGCAGCCUGUUUGAGGUGCAGCGGCAGCUGGCCCAGCUCGAGGCCCGCCGGGAGCAGCUGGAAGCUGAUGGGCAGGCCCUGCUGCUGGCCAAGGAGACCCUGACUGGGGAGCUGGCGGGCCUGCGGCAGCAGAUAGUAACAACAGAGGAGAAAGCGGCUCUCGACAAGGAGCUGAUGGCGCAGAAGCUGGUGCAGGCGGAGCGGGAGGCCCAGGCCUCUCUGCGGGAGCAGCGGGCAGCCCACGAGGAGGACUUGCAGAGACUCCAGCGAGAGAAGGAGGCAGCGUGGCGGGAGCUGGAGGCAGAGCGGGCCCAGCUGCAGGGGCAGCUGCAGCGGGAGCGGGAGGAGCUGCUGGCCCGGCUGGAGGCCGAGAAGGAGGAGCUGAGCGAGGAGAUCGCAGCCCUGCAGCAGGAGCGAGACGAGGGCCUGCUCCUGGCCGAGAGCGAGAAGCAGCAGGCCUUGUCUCUGAAGGAGUCCGAGAAGGCGGCGCUGUCAGAGAAGCUGAUGGGCACGCAGCACAGCCUGGCCGCCGUCUCCCUGGAGCUGGAGCGGCAGAAACGCGACGCUCAGAGCCGGCAGGAGCAGGACCGGAGCACGGUGAACACCCUGACGUCUGAGCUCCGGGACUUGCGGGCCCAGCUGGAGGACGCCGCUGCGGCCCACGCCCACGAGGCGAAGAGGCUGCAAGAGCAGGCCCGCGACCUGGGCAAGCAGCGGGAGUCCUGCCUGCGCGAGGCAGAAGAGCUUCGGACCCAGCUGCGCCUGUCGGAGGACGCCCGGGACGCGCUGCGGCGGGAGCUGCUGGAGGCCCAGCGCAAGGUGCGGGAGGCCCAGGAGGGCUGCGAGGCCCAGCGCCAGGAGGCCGGCGAGCUGCGGCGCAGCCUGGGCGAGGGCGCCAAGGAGCGCGAGGCCCUGCGGCGCUCCAACGAGGAGCUGCGGGCCGCCGUGAAGAAGGCGGAGAGCGAGCGCAUCAGCCUGAAGCUUGCCAACGAGGACAAGGAGCAGAAGCUGGCACUCCUAGAGGAGGCCCGGGCCGCCGUGGGCAAGGAGGCCGGGGAGCUGCGGGCCGGCCUGCAGGAGGUGGAGCGCUCACGGCUGGAGGCUCGGCGGGAGCUGCAGGAGCUGCGGCGGCAGAUGAAGAUGCUGGACAGUGAGAACGCCAGGCUGGGCCGGGAGCUGGCAGAGCUGCAGGGCCGCCUGGCGCUGGGUGAGCGGGCAGAGAAGGAGAGCAGGCGGGAGACCCUGGGCCUCCGGCAGAGGCUGCUGAAGGGCGAGGCCAGCAUGGAGGCGGUGCGACAGGAGCUCCAGGGAACCCAGCGGAAGCUACAGGAGCAAGAAGGCGAGUUCCGGGCCCGCGAGCGAGGCCUGCUGGGCUCCCUGGAGGAGGCGCGCUGCGCUGAGAAGCAGCAGCUGGCCCAUGUCCGCAGCCUGGAGCUGAAGCUGGAGGCGGCGCGGGCCGAGGCCACGGAGCUGGGGCUGCAGCUGAGUGCGGCCCAGGGCCGGGCGCAAGGCCUGGAGGCCGAGCUGGCCCGCGUGGAGGCGCAGCGGCGCGCAGCGGAGGCGCAGCUGGGCGGCCUGCGAUCCGCCCUGCGCAGGGGCCUGGGCCUGGGCCGUGCGCCCAGCCCCGCCCCGCGGCCCCCGCCCGGCUCUCCCGCCCUUGACGCGCCUACCGGAGGAAGCGAGGAAGGGCUCAGCAGCCCCGGCCCCUUGGAGUGCAGUCCUGGGGCCCAGCCUCUAUCGCCAGGCCCUGCCAUGUCCCCAGCACCUCCAGACCUGGACCCGGAGGCGGUGCGGGGGGCCCUCCGGGAAUUCCUGCAGGAGCUGCGGGGAGCCCAGAGAGAACGGGACAAGCUUCGGGCACAGACGAGUGCUCUGACUCGCCAGCUGGCUGAGAUGGAGGCCGAGCGGGACAGCGUGACCUCGCGGGCCAGGCAGCUGCAGAAGGCCGUGGCCGAGAGUGAGGAAGCCCGGCGCAGUGUCAACGGGAGGCUGAGCGAGGCCCAGGCGGAGCUGGCACUGCAGGAGGAGAGUGUGCGGCGCAGCGAGCGGGAGCGCCGGGCCACGCUGGACCAGGUGGCCACACUGGAGAGGACCCUGCAGGCCACCGAGAGCGAGCUCCGGGCCAGCCAGGAGAAGAUCAGCAAGAUGAAGGCCAACGAGGUGAAGCUGGAGAGUGACAAGCGGCGCCUGAAGGAGGUGCUGGACGCCUCCGAGAGCCGCACCAUCAAGCUCGAGCUGCAGCGGCGCUCACUCGAGGGGGAACUGCAGCGCAGCCGCCUGGGCCUGAGCGACCGCGAGGCCCAGGCCCAGGCCCUCCAGGAUCGGGUGGACUCCCUGCAGAGACAGGUGGCAGACAGUGAGGUGAAGGCAGGGACUCUGCAGCUGACAGUGGAGCGGCUGAGUGGGGCCCUGGCCAAGGUGGAAGAGAGUGAGGGGACCCUGCGGGACAAGGUGCAGGGCCUGACACAGGCCCUGGCUCAGAGCAACACCAGCCUCACCAGCACCCAGGACAAGAAUCUGCAUUUACAGAAGGCUCUGACGGCCUGUGAACAUGACCGUCAAGUGCUCCAGGAACGGCUGGACGCUGCCCAGCAGGCGUUAUCUGAGGCCCGGAAGCAGAGCAGCUCCCUGGGCGAGCAGGUGCAGACAGUGCGGGGCGAGCUGGCAGACCUGGAGCUGCAGCGGGCGGACGCGGAGGGCCAGCUGCAGCAGCUGAGGGAGGUGCUGCGGCAGCGGCAGGAGGGUGAGGCCGCGGCUCUGCACACCGUCCAGAAGCUGCAGGACGAGCGGCGGCUGCUGCAGGAGCGCCUGGGCAGCCUGCAGCGCGCCCUGACUCAGCUGGAAGCCGAGAAGCGGGAGGUGGAGCGCUCGGCCCUGCGGCUGGAGAAGGACCGCGUGGCCCUCAGGAGGACGCUGGACAAGGUGGAGCGGGAGAAGCUUCGCAGCCACGAGGACACGGUGCGGCUGAGCGCGGAGAAGGGCCGCCUGGACCGCACACUCUCAGGCGCUGAGCUGGAGCUGGCCGAGGCCCAGAGGCAGAUCCAGCAGCUGGAGGCCCAGGUGGUGGCGCUGGAGCAGAACCCGAGCCCGGCCCAGCUGGAGGAGGACGAGCAGCAGCGGCUGGAGCUGCAGCAGGAGGUGGAGCGCUUGCGCAGCGCCCAGGCGCAGACCGAGCGCACCCUGGAGGCGCGGGAGCGCGCCCACCGCCAGAGGGUGCGCGGGCUGGAGGAGCAGGUGUCCACACUGAAGGGACAGUUGCAGCAGGAGCUUCGAAGGAGCUCAGCACCCUUCUCCCCACUUUCUGGUCCCCCCGAGAAAUGAGCCCCUUCCCGGCUGGCAUCCAGAAAGCAGCCCUGUGCCCUCCUCAGCACAGUCCACCCGGGGCCUGGUCCUUUGGGGCCCCCGCGCUGGGGGUGAGGAGGAGCGGGUGGCAGGGCCGAGGAGGGCAGCUCCCGCUCCAGGCCAGACCCGGCAGUGGGUUCCUGGCAUCCCCAGGCCCCAUGGUCUGUGGGCCGAACCUCAGUCCAGCCCCACUCUGUACUCUAGAUUGUACAGGGUUCCCCCGAGGGCAAGCGGCUGAGCCAAGCCGGGGCUGGGGAGCCCUUGUCUCUGGCCGGCCCUGGAGCAUGGGCUCGUGGCAGGGGCCCGGGCAGGGGCCGGGGGCAGAGACCCAGGCCCGGAGACCUCUCCGCCUUAGUUCAGAGUGUUUGUCAGGAAGUUCUUCAGCGAGCUCAGAGUCCCUGUAUUUUUAUACCUUUUUACAAUGUUAACUGUUCAGAACUAUUUGUUUUUUGUAACAAGAAGACCCUGUUUUCUAAAACCGGUUUGUACA